AUGGGCAACACAUGCCGGGGAUCUUUCGCGAGCAAGUAUUUCCACGGCUACGACGAUCCCGCGGACCGGUCGGUAUCUAAGCAGAGCCGCCGCCGCCACCACCACCACAACCGCCGCAACUCCUCCGACGCCUCCUGCUCCGCCGACGACCUCGCCUCCCGCCUGAUCCCGAACGAUCCCCCCAAGCCGGCAACCACCAUGCGUCGGGGCGCCGACUCCCAAUCCAACUCCGUCCUCGGCCACAAGACCCCCAAUCUCCGGGACCUCUACAAUCUCGGCCGGAAGCUGGGGCAGGGCCAGUUCGGUACCACCUAUCUCUGCACCGAGAUCGCCACCGGCGUCGAUUACGCCUGCAAGUCGAUCUCCAAGAGGAAGCUGAUAUCGAAGGAGGAUGUCGAGGACGUGCGGCGGGAGAUCCAGAUCAUGCACCACCUCUCCGGGCACAAGAAUGUGGUCCCGAUCAAGGGGGCGUAUGAAGACCCUCUCUACGUCCACAUCGUCAUGGAAUUGUGCGAGGGAGGGGAGCUUUUCGAUCGAAUUAUACAGAGGGGGCACUACAGCGAGCGUAAGGCAGCGGAGCUGACGAAAAUCAUCGUUGGGGUCGUGGAGGCGUGCCACUCGCUCGGCGUGAUGCACCGGGAUCUCAAGCCGGAGAAUUUCCUGCUGGCAAAUAAAGAUGAUGACUCGUCGCUUAAGGCCAUCGAUUUCGGUCUCUCUGUCUUCUUCAAACCUGGCCAGAUUUUCACAGAUGUGGUGGGCAGUCCGUAUUAUGUUGCUCCUGAGGUACUGUGCAAGCACUAUGGGCCAGAAGCUGAUGUCUGGACAGCUGGUGUUAUACUUUACAUAUUGUUGAGUGGUGUACCACCUUUCUGGGCUGAAACACAGCAAGGGAUCUUUGAUGCUGUUUUGAAGGGACACAUUGAUUUUGAGACGGAACCAUGGCCUAUGAUCUCUGACAGUGCUAAGGACCUCGUCAGAAAAAUGCUCUGCUCCCGUCCUUCAGAACGCUUGACAGCCCAUGAAGUACUAUGUCAUCCUUGGAUAUGUGAAAACGGAGUUGCUCCUGAUCGAGCACUGGAUCCAGCAGUUCUCUCUCGCCUUAAACAAUUCUCUGCAAUGAAUAAGUUGAAGAAGAUGGCUUUAAGAGUUAUAGCUGAAAGCCUUUCAGAGGAGGAGAUUGCUGGACUAAGGGAAAUGUUUCAGGCAAUGGACACAGACAACAGUGGUGCAAUCACAUUUGACGAACUUAAAGAAGGUCUGAAAAGAUAUGGUUCUACUUUGAAAGAAUCGGAGAUUCGUGCUCUCAUGGAUGCGGCUGAUGUGGACAACAGUGGUACCAUUGACUAUGGGGAAUUUAUUGCUGCAACAGUACAUCUUAACAAACUGGAACGUGAAGAACAUUUGGUAGCAGCAUUUUCCUAUUUUGACAAGGAUGGAAGUGGUUAUAUAACGGUUGAUGAGCUUCAGCAAGCUUGUAAAGAGCAUAACAUGACAGAUGUUCUCAUUGAAGACAUCAUCAGAGAAGUUGAUCAGGAUAACGAUGGUCGUAUUGACUAUGAUGAGUUUGUUGCCAUGAUGCAAAAAGGUAAUAUGGGAAUUGGUCCAAUUGGAAGAAGAACCAUGCGGAAUACUUUUAAUUUUGCCAUGAGGGAUGCAGCUGGAGCUCACUGAUAUUUAACCACAUGCAGAUUCUGUCACAAACUUCUCUUAUUUCCUCGUUCUGCCAUUUUUUUUUUUAAUAUACUAGGGUUGUGAAUUUGAAUUUAGAGAAAUGACAGCAAAGCUUUUAAAGAUAUUUAUCAUGAUUCAUCAAAGUUUGGAAAAUGAGAGAGCUCUGAUGUAGAAAGAAUAUGGAGUCAACAAGUUAAAGAUAUCUUUGAUUGUUAGAACACACUUGUGUCAAAUGAACAUUUAUAGUGAAAUGACAUGGUGAAAGAGGCAAGGGAUCUUGAGAUCAAACAAUUCAAAACAGGUCUUGCUUAGACCCUGAUUCGGAAAUAUCUCCUAGUGCGGAUUCUGAAUAUAUUGUGGAUUU